AAGCUGACACAGGUUAUACGGCUUGGUAUAUAUGAUUCGUAAUGUAAAAAUAUCGACAAUUAAAACAUAAAGGAUUCUUUAUCUAAACCAACCCUGCUGAAGUCAUCACAUUUCACGAGGGUCUCGGAUCUCAUUGGUUCGCAGUGUCGUUCGGGGAGAGAAAAAACUAAGUCCAAUGUGAGAUGCCUGCCAGCGCAGACCUCGAACGGAUAGUCAGUCUGAGUUUUGGAAUAUGAUUACACCAACGUUUUUUGGGGAUGCGUUGUGUUAUUAUUAUGCUGGAUAGAGCUACGAUACAAAUACAUACAAGCCAGCUGUAGCUGUCGAUAGUUGCAGUGGUGUUGAUACUGGCAGACACCUUCCCCUAUAAUCUAGGGGUACCCUGUUAAUCACCUAUGCAUCAAUGAUUUCCCUCUUUCAGUCCAAGCAGCGGAGGACAAAUAGCCUAAUUGGAUUACCAGGUCAGUGGAAUGUGUGUACAGCUAUAAUAUCAAGUCCAUCACAAGUUGGAAACACCACAGCACAAGGGACAGAACAAGGUUCAAGUGGCCGUUACCUAUAUGGUGUAAAAACAACAGCGAGUGUUCUGGCCGACUGUUAAUAGAGAAAUUGAAAGGGAUUGUUGUACAGCCUUGGCCGGCCGUUCGUGUAUUGCAUUAGUGGAGGGCGGGAGCCGUGUAAGUUUCAUUGGUCCAUAAGCCACCCUAUGUCCAGACGCAGGAGUCUCUCUGGGUCAAGGGAGGUCAGCCAGUGAUUGAUUAAGCCACGAAUCGAUAUUAUUGAUCUCCAGUACUGAAUUAUCGUGACUGGCUGACGGGGUAGACCCGGGGCGGACCGAGAACUCGCCGCUCCUACCCACGUGUCCUGUUGACAACAGAGUGUGUAGGACAACUAACUCAGUCUGAGCUGUCGCACUUCUAAUCUCGCGGCCUUGGAGGUUGGAGUCGGAAUACUUCCGUAAUUGUUCUGUAAUUUCCAUCAUUCAUUUACUGCCUCAGCUGUUCUUCGCAACCUCACCUGGAAUACCUUUUCUGCAGCAGUGAUCUGGGAGGCCUCACCAGUCGUCUGUGAAUUGUCUGAGCGAGCAGACGACAACCUUUUUUACUGGAAGAGAGGAACUUGAAAUUGUGAGGGGACACCCGAGGUGACUCGGCGUGGGUUUUCCGUGCUGGAUUUGUUUGAUGCAUUUCAAUUUAAGUCUGACACGAGCUGACGACGGCAUAAUUCGGCGCCCGGAUACAUUGAUAUAAAUGUCAUAGCGGAAAAAACUUGUCAACAUCAUUCCACAGUAUCGCGGACACCAUGACAGCCAAGUACAGGAUAAUCAGCCAUUAUUUGCUGUUGGCACUACUCGUUGUCCUGCUGAAUGAAACGAGCCAGCAACAGGAGGAAGCCUCUGAAGCCAACAGGAGAUGGGGACCUUGGACGGCCUGGUCAUCCUGCUCCAAGUCCUGUGGUCAGGGAAUUAGAUACAGAAAGCGACUGUGUCACAAUCUGGGCAGCCAGUCAUCAGAGUCACCUACAACCUCAUGUGAUGGGCCAGAUAAACACUAUAAAGUAUGUAAACAUAACUGUACAGGACAUCAUAAAGACUACAGGACUGCAGAGUGUGAAAAAUACAAUGGCCGAUACUAUGGAGGGAAACGGUAUUACUGGGAUGCAUUUAUAAAUCCCUACAGUCGGUGUGAACUAGCCUGCAAGGCCAAGGGGCCGGUGCGGUACUACUCACGCUUCCAGGAGACAGUGGAAGAUGGAACACCAUGUAAGCUGGACAAGGAAGCCAUCUGUAUACAGGGCCGAUGUCUGGACAUUGGGUGUGAUGGCAUCGCAGGGUCCGGAUCCAGUGUGGACCAGUGUGGGAUCUGCGGUGGUAACGGCAAGUCGUGCCAGAUCAUCUCCGGGAUCUUCACUCGCCGACAGCUGGACAAGUAUGGGUACAACGUCAUCACCAAGAUCCCAUCUGGAGCCUGCAGUAUCAACAUCACGGAGUUGGCCAAAAGUCGGAAUUACCUCGCUCUGAAGAUUGGAGGAGAGAAUGGGCUGUACUUUCUCAAUGGCAACCGGCGUCUCAAUCCGUCUGGGGUCAUACGUGGUGCUGGGACAGUCUUCCGAUAUGGUCGAAGCCAGAGCCGACAUUGUCCAGGAGAGUGCUUGUUCUCUGAUGGCCCAACAACUCAGGACAUUGAAGUGCAGCUGCUGUACUACCACCAUAACCCUGGGAUAGUGUACCACUUCACCAUACCCAAACACAAGAUGGGUGUCAUGAUGGCUCAUUCCAGCCGUGAGGAAGCAGAUGACACACGCCCCCGUCAGGGACAUCAUCAACACCAUAGCACUCGCCAAGGCAACCAAGGUCACCAUAAUAGAAAUGGUCACCAUGGCAACAGGCAUCAUACGCAUAAAACGACAACAGUUCCGAGUCCAAGUUUAAAUCCUGGUGAGCUGAACAGACAACAAGGGGAUAUGCAUGUAUCCCAGGAGAGUCGUCGUAACAGGCACAGACUUGUAUCUCGGCACCGUAACACUGGGGGCGAGAGCAGCAGAAUACAGCAUGGCCAGUCCCCGCGAUAUAUUCCAGCAUAUGACCGGAAUAAACAGCUCCGACUGAGCAGCAGAAGAAGAAUUAUUGCCCGAACAUACCCAGACCAUCAGAGGCAGCCUGUGAGAUCAGCCUAUGCCAACAGACGUUCCAAUGGACAGUAUCUAUCAACCUCAAAUCAAAAUUAUGCAUCCAGAAGGCAAGACCAGGGUUCUGCCAGCCCCACCCAGAGCAGGUCUUUCCCAGGUCACACCUCAAGGGGAACAUCCAUGGACCAGAGAGCCAGUCAGAGAUCUCAUUCCAUCAGACCUCAUCAUGAGAAGACCAGUGCCAGGAAAUCAUACCCGUCCUCCGUGAGGUCCUCUCACACACAGAAGUACCACACGAAUACCCACAGGUCCCGGUCGGACCCCAGCCUCUUGGGCAACUCUCAGAGCAACGUCUGGGGCAACUCCCGAGGCAACCGUCUGGCCAACUCCAACUACCACAGAUCAGCCGUCAGCAGCAGUCGGGGUUACAACAACAUUCAGCAGAUUCCAAAUGACGGCACAGCAAGUGGCGAGGUGUAUACAUGGAAGAUUUCUGGGUUUUCUGAGUGCUCCAUGACAUGUGGAGGAGGUGUCCAAGAAACGGAGAUUGUGUGUGUGAAGCGGAGUUCAGGCUUUGUUGUGACGGAGGAGAACUGUGACCCCAAACAGAUUCCCCACAGACAGAGGGUCACCUGCAACAACCAACCAUGUCCACCAGGCUGGGACCCUGCAGAGUGGACAGCGUGCAGCACAUCCUGUGGGAAGGGGAUUCAAACUCGGACUGUGGAGUGCAACAGAAGGAUCUCACCGACCUUCACCAUGAGCGUGUCUGCCAACCUGUGUCUCAACAUGCCCAGACCUGCUGUAUCCCGCAUGUGUGAAAAUACACCUUGCGCUGAGUGGAAGAUUGGAAAAUGGGAAAAGUGUUCUACCGAGUGCGGUCAUGGGGAGAGGAGGAGGACUGUGACAUGCAUGUCUGUGGAAGGGAGAGCAGUAGCAGACCGGCAGUGUGGCAUCCUGAAGCCAGACACCACCGAGAUCUGUGACAUGGGGUCGUGUGCUAGAGGAUGGUACCACACUUACUCCACUGCACGAAGUGGUCUGCCCAGUGUACAACGGAAUGUGGAUCCGGACAUUACAAGAGGAAGACCUACUGUUCUGCAGACGAUGGAAGUUCUCUCCCAGACACUAAGUGUUCCAGACAGAAGAAACCUCGCACCAAGAAGGCCUGUAAAGAUAACCCACCUUGUGGUGGCCGAUGGUUUGCUGGACCCUGGACUCAGUGUAACGCUACCUGUGGGUAUGCUGUCAAGAAGAGGGAUGUGGAAUUGUAACGCUACCUGUGGGUAUGCUGUCAAGAAGAGGGAUGUGGUGUGCAUGAAGAAACUAGGCAACAAGCUACACACCAUUGUGUCAGAGGUCAACUGUGUGGCUGAACAACGACCAAUCAGUGAAGAGGCAUGCCAGGAAUUAUCACCAUGCCAACCAGAGUGGUACAUGACGCCAUGGGGACAGUGUUCAGCCAGUUGCGGUACUGGUGUGAAGACCCGCGAGGUCAAGUGCCUGGACAGCAACCUUCAGUCCAGCCCAGAAUGUCGUGGGUCAGUCCGACCCAGCGAGAGACAAGCCUGUAACAAGCACUCCUGUAGAACCCAUAAACCCUCUGCCAUCACAGCGGCCAACAUCCACAUUCAGAAGGAUGCAGGAGGGGCCGGUGACUGCCAAGAUCACGACACGAUCCGAUGUCUCUACUUGAAGCAGUCGCGACUAUGCAAAUACCCUUUUUACAAACAGAUGUGUUGCAAGUCAUGUCAAGACUAUGUGUCUGGGAAGCACCACUAGUCAGAGAAACAACCUUCGAUACCUGUUCUCUGUGUGCUGUUGGGUGUACAAAAUAUAUACAGCAGAAGACAGUUUGUGAUAAUUAUUUCUUCUCCUGAAUAUUGUCCAGCAGCUAGAUUUAUGAAAUCUGGUCCAACUGGACUUGCCAUGGAAUGAUUUGAUGCAGUUCACAAGAAGUGAAUAUUGUCUUUGUUGGUGAGUGAGUGACCACACACCUCAGUCAUGAGUUACGAGUAUGUUAUAAUGGCAACGUUUGACUGUGCUGUAAGACGGCUCCAGGUUCUUAGAAGGAAUAGGAAGACGUAUCUAUCAGCUACAGCUACGUUAUCACUGAAUGACAAAUCAACUAGCAACUACUUACAAAGAGGUUAAUGCUAGAUGUAUACAAAUGAGAUAUGAAUGAAAAAUAUGUUUGUAUUUUGUAUUUAAACUCUGAUACAUAAGCAUUUAUUUGUACAUUUGGCAGUGUCCCUGUAUUAAAGAAGAUGGGAUGUGCCUCAUAUUGGGAGAUUCCAUUAUGAAGGAAAUACAAUAUUUCAAUAGCUGAACCUUGUUAUUAUGCCAGACUGACUAUGUAUGAAAUGUUUUACGAUCUAUAAACCACAUACCCUUUUCUUGGAAUGGAACAUUUAACAUUGAAGUUACUGUGAAUGGAAGACAUUUCAUUGGAGGUCUGUGUUUUCUGUGCAUGGAACACAGAAGAGUGGAAGCGUCUACGCUUUCUGUGAAUGGAACACAGAAGAGUGGAAGCGUCUGCGCUUUCUGUGCAAGGAACACAGAAGAGUGGAAGCGUCUGUGGUUUCUGUGAAUGGAACACAGAAGAGUGGAAGCGUCUGCGGUUUCUGUGAAUGGAACACAGAAGAGUGGAAGCAUCUGCGGUUUCUGUGUAUGGAACACAGAAGAGUGGAAGCGUCUGUGGUUUCUGUGAAUGGAACACAGAAGAGUGGAAGCGUCUGUGGUUUCUGUGAAUGAAACAAUCCGUCAUACAUCUGUGAAUAGAACAGUCUAUCAUAGCAGUAACUUUACUCCCUGUGAGUAUGUGACUGGAGAAGUUCAUAAACUCAAUGUGAAGGACAGAAACCUAGAGUUAAUGGCUAUUUCAUCUGUCUAUCUUGAAACACCUAUGAUUCCUAUCAUUUAGAAAUUCAAUUCUAUACAAACUGAGUUUACAGUUUGGCAUGAAAAUAUCUUAAACUUAUUUUAUCACUACUGUCUGUUUUCAAAUUUCACCAUGUGUCAUAUAUAAUUGUCCUCUCCAGGCUGAUAUUUAUGGUCUGAAAACUCAGCAUAAGACAAACAGUUUGUGAUUAGGAGUUUGGACAUCUCAGCAUAAGACAAACAGUUUGUGAUUGGGAGUUUGGGCAUCUCAGCAUAAGACAAACAGUUUGUGAUUGGGAGUUUGGACAUCUCAGCAUAAGACAACUAGUUUACAACUAGGGGCUUGGACAUCUCUGACAACUAGUUUGUGAGGGAGAGCUUGGACUCAGAGUACUAGUUUGUGAGUGGGAAACGCUGUGUUUCCUCCAUGUAUUCCUUAUAGCCAGCCAUGUUGUGGAUCUGCCUGGGAGCCAGGACCAUGUGUGUAUAUACAGCUGUGUUAAUGGAUCUGUCAAGCUGUAGAAUGUUGACACUAGAUAAGCAUUACUUGGACCUCAAGACCCCAGUCUGGAGAGUAAUGGAGCCGAUUCUUCACAUCAUGAUUCAGUGCCCAUCACCAGUAGACUUGCAAUCUGUUUAUGAUUCAUCAGCCAGUUUCUUUUAGUUUACACUGAGUUCCUAGCAAUGUCUGAGGGUUGGGAUUGCCAAGUCUUCGAGGGGGUUGCAACUUUCUAUCUAGAGUUGUAUUAUAUUUGAUGCCAGAAUCCAAUGAUUGUGGGUUUGAAUCCCAGAUUACCCAUCAUUCAUUAUGAUUCUGGGUUUGUUAGUGUCACACCAUGGGUCUCAUGGUAAAACUCUUAAGACCUUACUAAAGACUUCCACCUUGUAGUUUGCUGACUUUCAAUUAUUAAACAAAUUGUACAAGUCGGUGUUGGACCCAGUUCACUCCUUCAGCAAAGUGAAUUGUGAGGCUGCCAGCACCCUUUUGCAAUUCCAGAUUAGGGCUUUAAUUAGAGAAUAAUAGGAACUGUACACAGGCUGUGAAUAGUCAAAUUCAACUCUUCUGAGAUUUGUGUGAAGUAGUAUUUGUGAUUCAGGGAUGAAAAACCAUACUAAGAAUGAGAAAUUUGAUGGGUUUCAGGGGACAACCGAGUUAGCAGCUGUGUUAACAACUAUAUAGGGCACAUGCAUGCUCGACAGUUCACUCAGUGAAACUGAUUUAGACUUAUGUCCAAGAAACUGUGAUCAUGUGGUCUUCAUAACAGGCAGCGUGAUACACAGGAUCCUCCAGCUUAAAUGUCCAAUGUUUUAUAUCAGAAACCAUUUGGGGAUAGAUUGGAAGUUAACUCUGUUGCUGUAUUUGUCAGUUUUCAAAGUUCAUUGAAUGGGUUUUAUGUAACCAUGUGUCCAGUGCCAGCUGCAUACCACACACUACAAACCUAACUGCUGUCUGACGCCACACUCAGGGUGUGUUGAUAUCUGUACAAAAAACGAAACAAACUUAUAAGAUCAGGUAUUUCAAAGUUCUGAUUUUGAUGCGGUUGAUAAAAUUAUUCUUCCUAUUUCAUCCUUGAAUUUCUUCAUUAUUCUGGAGAGGAUGAAGUGUGUACCACUGUCAAAGAUGUAACUAUAAAUGUUUGAAAAUAUAAUGUUAUGACUGAUACGGGUAAUUAGUGCCUAUCAUUAAGCCUACAAGAUCUCUUCACAAUGGUCCAGUUUGUAAUGAGACAAAAUACAAGUAGCUCCCAUAAGGAGGAGGAUUGUUUCUUCAGCAAACAAAUGUUUGCCAUGAAGGGGUCAUAGCUAUUGCUUUGAAAUUUGAAUUUUUAUUCACAAUUUACCGGUACUUACAAUUCAAAUAUUUUUGUUUUAUUGAAGUAUAUGAUCUUAUCAGACAGCUACUGUGUUCACCAUCUCACAAAGUUCUCUUAUUGUGAGAGGAAUGGUUUUCAAUAAUGCUACUUCAUGAACCGAAGUGUUGAUGAUGUUGAGAACCUCCCAUUCUCUCAUGUUACUACAUGUUUAUCAUGUUAAUCUGUGAAGGCAGGGGAUUCUCUAACUUCUGUUGAGCAGUAUAUGUAUACAGCUACAUGUUCCAGCAUCUGUCUGGCGGUGGGGUAGCCUAAUGGUUAAAGCGUUGGCUCGUCACGCCGAAGACCCGGGUUCGAAUCCCCACAUGGGCACAAUGUGUGAAGCCCCCGCUGUGAUGUUGCUGGAAUAUUGCUAAAAGCGGCGUAAAACCAAACUCAGUCAGUCAGUCCAGCAUCUGUCUACAGGCCUACUGGACUGACAGAAUUAGAAAUAUUCAAAACAAUUCUCACAUUUGUUCAGGUUUACGUUGUAUUUUUGUAAACCAUACAAUGCAUAUUACUAGCAGUAGCAAUGAGAUAUAGAGAGAUGUGACUGGAGGCUCCAGCUGUUGUACCUACAUGUUGUUACAUCACAGUUUGUUGUUUACCUUCAGUGUUUGCUGUACAAGAUAUAUUUACUCAUUGGAAAAACAUAGGUAUAAAGAAAGAUGAAAUCCUUUAUUCUUCUCCACUUAUUGAUGACAAUCAUUGUGGUAUAGCCAAUACAUGCCCCUGUGGGCUUCCUCACUGUGGUAUAGCCAAUACAUGCCCCUGUGGGCUUCCUCACUGAGGCAUUCAGUCAGCUUAGUUUCAUAGGGCCUGGCAUCAAAUGGUGUUGACAAAGCUUAUUAUAUACUGAGCUUUUGUCAUCUUAGCAGAACAGAUGAUGUCUUUUUUCUGAGACUGUUUCCAAUAAAUGGCAAAUAAUAAAAAUGGCAGAAUAGCUAUUUGUGAAGAGUAACGUAAUCAUUCCAAGUGUUAGGUGAAACUCGAGGCCUUAUUAAAAACUUCCCUUUACAUGUGUGGACAGUAGGUUCCUCUCGCCAUGGAAACUGUUAUACACAAACAAGGAUGUCCCCUGAAUAUGUUGUAAAAUAUCAUGUCAACUUAAGCUUACAGGGAUUUCCAGAACACAGAAGACAGCCUGACAUUUACAGUUAGCUCUGCUGCCAAUGUUUAGAUGUUACUGUGCCAAACAUGUUUAAUCAUUUCAUGAAUGGUGGAAGUUAUAAAAAAUAUCUUUGAACAAUGCCUGUUUAAGAGCAUUAAAUUUGUGAAGGGUUAGGUGUCCAGGAACAACACAUGCCAGAGUGAAAACCCUUUUCCAAAUAAUUAAGCCCCCUGUGAAACAGGAACUGCUUGGUUUGUUUGUGUAGAUGGGUUUGUUGCCCUUGCAUCUCCCAUAACUGGCAUCUCAUACACAUUUAGGGGAUUCUAAUACUUUAGUGCAACAGUAUUUUAAUUUUUUUAUGAUUUAUUUUUAUAGUCAGUGUUAAUUGUCACUCAAACUCAAUCUGGCUUUAAAGUCAAGGUUAAUCCUUUUUGUAAUUUGAAGUAACAGGUCCAAAUAAUCUAAUCCAAUACUAAUGGGACAGUUGAUUUGAGGCAAACGUUACAGUGAAUAUAGGAUAAGGUCAGACCAAUUUUAUAUCUUGUUUUAUGGAUUUCUGUCCUCAGAAAACCUUAAGGCAGGAGGGAAUAAAUAAAAAAUAAAAAUCACUAGUCAAAGUAAUAUUCCCUUGCAUACUAAAAGUAUUUUAUUUUUGGCAAGUAAUGAAGUGUAUAUGGGGCAAAAAACAAUCAAAAUAUAUUUUUGUAAGUUUAAAUUCUUUGCCAAUAAAAGCAUGAGGAUUUUAUUUUUGGAGCGGGAAAAAUGAAUAUGUAUUUUUUUUCUUAUUCAUGAAAAAAUAUGGCCGGCGGAUCCGUAAAACAAGAAAUAAAAUUGGUCUGGCCUAAAUAAGAUAAAUAAAAGAGCAUUUCGGACACAGCACCAUGAUGUGUUGCCCCAGCUGACAUGUAGGUGUUACAAUUGGUGUCCACUUUCACAGGGUCACAAGGGCAAUCAAACUUUAAUCCAUGGAUGUACUUCCUAAUUUUGAACUUACAAAUUGGAUUUUGAAGGAUCUGAAUCAAAUCUGCUAGCCCCAUUUGACAAAGCUAUGUUCAUUAAUGAUCAAUUCCAGAAUGUGUUCCACCUUGUUCCCCAUGUGACUGGUUGUAUCAAUGGCUGACUUUCAAAUAGCUUUGAUUACUGAUAUUUUAUACAUAUUCAGGGGUCAUAUGUUCAUAAAGUUGAUUCAAAGAACAGUUUUGAGGAAUUCAUGAAAUGGAGGCGAUGACACUGCAUCUGUGUUAGCUUCCAUUGCAAACACAUUUCUUGUUAACAAAGUUCCAGUGAAUCAUUUUCUACAUGGCCAGUUGAUAUAUUUGGCCUGACUCAAUACAGAAGUGAAACAUUUCAUCUACUGUCUAUAGGAUAUUGUACUUCAACUGUUGUGUGACUCUCAGUUUUCAAGUAUAAUUCGAAAGGUGCUAAAUCAUCAAAUAUUGCAUGUUACAAGAAAUACAUGUAUACUUUGUAAAAUAUAUAUUAUAUGUAUCGUCACAAGUUAUACCACUGUUUAUUUGUUAGAAUGAAAUAUUCAGUGAAUAGUAUAUCUUCAUUAAAUAUUGUACUUACUGCUGAAAAUAUUUUUUUACAGAAAAUAUGAGAAUUGUUUGAAAUGGAGAAUUUAUUUCCAAGAAGUGAAUUCUUACAGAUUUUUGUCUCUGUACUAAGAAACGAAAUAUUUUUUGUACAGAUCUUUUCAGCAUUGUAAAAAUGUUUUACUUAAAGAAUAUCAGUGUAAUGCACAUGUAGUGGUGUAUCUGUUUAUUGAUUAAGAGGGUAGAAUGAAUCUGGUGCGACUCUGGCAGAAUUUACAGAAUUUAGAUUUAUAUAACUGUAUGUACAUCGUGUUGUGGAGUUCGAUUUGUUGACAAGUAGACAAAA